AGUCCACAACAUCAUCUAAACUUGACAACAUGAUCGCUUUUACGACAACAGCCGUCCUCCUCCUGGCCGCAGUAGCCACCGCCCGCCCCUCGGAAUGGGAGCCAGAAGGCCACUCGCACACGGAGCACACCAAGCCGUACCACGUGACAGUGGUGAAGAAGAUCGGCGUGCCGAUCCCGCAUCCCGUGGCGGUGUCCGUGCCACAGUACGUGAAGGUCCCGAUCCCCCACCCUUACCCCGUCCACGUGACCGUCGAGCAGCCGAUCCAUGUGCCUGUUUAUAAGGUCGUGCCCCAAAUAGUAGAGAAGCCCGUGCCUUACCCCGUCGAAAAGCCUGUGCCUUAUGAAGUGGAGAAGCCCUACCCCGUCGAGGUAGAGAAGAAGGUCGAGGUCCCCAUUCCCAAACCUUACCCCGUCCACGUGCCAGUCUACAAGCACGUCUACCACCACUCAGGCAAACACUAAUUCAAAUUCGAUUCGAAAUUUGAUUCGAAAUUCGAUUCGAAAUUCGAUUAGAUUUCGAACGUUUUCUCGAGGGGCAUUUAUUAGCGAGAUAUCUUAUACUGUAAGUUUUCGCUCGGGUACCGUGGCGGGGUUGCCACUUGUAAAUACAAAUUAAGACUUAUGUAGAUCUGUUGGAGAUGUAUUUCCACCAGUUAUGACUACAGUUUAUUGUGAUAUUUAUUUUGUUACACUGUAUUGUCUGUUGCUGUUGUUUGUAUAUGAUCGUUGUUGAUUAAUGUGUAAUUGUUGUUGAUUAUUGUUAAUUGUAAGUGUAUUAAAG